AUGGCCAGUUUAGUCCCUUCGUUCAUGUUCUGGCUGAGCUUAUUAUCUCAUGCUCACACGCUGUAUGUCACGGCCUCUUGGCCACCAGGGAGGCCAACCAGGUUUUAUGAUUUUAAGGUGCAAAGCAAGAGAAUCACUAAGUUGUGUAAUACCAAGAACAUUGUGACAAUCAAUGGCAUGUUUCCAGGACCAGUCCUUUACGCCCAAGAAGAUGAUACAGUGAUUGUCAAAGUUACUAAUCAGACUCCAUAUAAUGUCUCAAUCCAUUGGCAUGGCGUCCGGCAGAGGCUGUCGUGCUGGUUCGACGGGCCGUCGUACAUAACACAAUGCCCCAUUCAAGGAGGGCGGAGCUUCACCUAUGAGUUCACACUGGUAGAGCAGAAGGGCACCCUUCUCUGGCAUGCCCACCUUUCCUGGCUUAGGGGCACUGUUUAUGGCGCCAUUGUUGUACGCCCCAAGACCGGAGUUCCUUACCCAUUUAACCCCCCACAUGAAGAGCAUAUCAUAAUCCUAGGGGAAUACUGGCUGAAGGACCCUGUACAAAUGGAGCGAGAUGUUUUAGCAAGCGGUGGUGGCCCUCCAUUGGCCGAUGCAUUUACCAUAAAUGGUCACCCUGGCCCCAACUACAAUUGCUCCAACGACGAUGUAUAUAAGAUUGACGUGGUCCCAGGGAAGACAUAUCUGCUUAGGAUAAUCAAUGCAGGUUUAAACAUGGAAAGCUUCUUUGCCAUUGCUAAUCACAAGCUAACAAUAGUAGAAGCAGAUGCUGAAUACACCAAACCAUUCACUGUGGACCGUUUGAUGCUAGGACCAGGCCAGACCAUCAACGUCCUCGUCACCGCCGAUCAGCCCGUCGCAAAAUACUCCAUGGCCAUGGGAGCCUACGCAUCUGCAAAGAACGUAUCCUACCAAAACAUCUCAGCCAUUGCCUAUUUCCAGUACUCGGGAGACGCCCGCAACGUCCCGAACACCAUACCUUUCCCCGCUAUCCUACCGAGUUUUAACGACAAUCUGGCGGUUAAGACCGUCAUGGACGGCCUCCGAAGCCUGAACCCUGCAAGAGUCCCGAAGAAGAUCGAUGCCAACUUGUUCUUCACCGUCGGAUUGAACGUUCAAAAAUGCAAUUCCAAAACCCCACAAAGGAAUUGCCAGGGCACUAACAACGGGAUCAUGGCAGCGUCCAUCAACAAUGUGACCUUCGUUAGACCUAAUGUUUCUCUUUUGGAAGCUUAUUACAGGAAGAUCAAUGGUUAUUACACAGAGGAUUUCCCAGAGGUGCCUCUUAAAUUCUAUGACUUUGUCAAUGGUGCACCCAACAACAUCCCGAAUGACACCCAGUCCUCGAGUGGGACUAGGGCCAUGGUCCUGGACUAUGGAACCAGGGUGCAGCUCAUCCUGCAAGACACCGGCACAGUGACUACCGAAAACCACCCGAUUCACCUCCACGGUUACAGCUUCUAUGUCGUGGGAUACGGCACGGGGAACUUCGAUUCAAAAACUGCGAAGUUCAACUUGGUCGAUCCCCCAUACAUGAACACGAUUGGAGUUCCAGUGGGUGGAUGGGCUGCGAUCCGAUUCGUCGCGGACAAUCCAGGGGUUUGGUUUAUGCAUUGUCAUUUGGAAAUACAUCUAUCGUGGGGACUAUCUAUGGUGUUUGUAGUGAAAAAUGGGAAAGGGGAGAUGGAGACUCUUCCUGGCCCUCCUGCAGACAUGCCACGGUGCUAGAUAGCUUGAUGGAUCCCCUGCAAAUUGGAGGGUGACAAUGUAUAACAUAGAUGGCUGGUGAUCAUUCUAAUUAAUCUCUCAGUCUAUACCGAAGUUUGAAUGGGAUCCUCUUGCUC